AAAAAAACGAGACAAAAACUACAUCAACAAAAAAAAAGAUCUAACAAACUUAUAGGGUUCAAGCUUUUCAAUCAUAAAAUAGUAUCAGAUAGCCAGUGAGGAUAUAAUAUGCUACCUCUCAGAAAAACAGACCAAGCUUUCAAAUCGGUACCGGUAUCAAGGGUUGGUUCUGCGCAAAGAUUGACUCACCCUGGAGCAUCUAAUCCCCUGACUCCGACUUCUUACGUUUUAUCGUCUUUGAAUCCAAAUAAGAAUAUACCGGUGACUCUUCAGAAUAUCAGAAGUAAGAUAAAAACAAAAGAACAGCUAGAACUAUUUGAAAAAUUAUUCAUUGUUCAAAAAGUAUCGGAGUUCGAAAGACUACUCACUGAACUUGCAUCUUCUAUUUCGUCAUUUCAGGAAGAAAAUAUAACCGAACUGAUUGAAAAUUUAAUAUCAACCAAUGAUGAAAUCGUGAAGGAAAUUGAGGUUCUACACUAUCACCAGGAUUUGGGUAAUCGAAUUGACGUUCUAGAGCAGGAGCGAACUGAUUUGGAUAAUGAAGCUAAAAAUAUCUUAAAGGAGCUUAUAUCAUGUCGAGCAGAAUUAAAAAAAUUACCAAGAUUGCCAGCCAAUAAGUCUAAUUUGAAAAAAGAUGAAUCAAUGAAUUUUAUAGAUAUACAAGAAACUUUAAAGUACGCCAUGAAAUUAUCAAAAUUUACGAAAGCACCAGCUACUACUGCAAAUGCCCCAUUUCAAAUACAUCCUAAUAAUUAUAUAUGGCCAGCAGAAGAUGCUUUAAGAAGAGGAAUGCUCGCAGUGGCAUCGUUGAAAGCCGAUGAAAUAAUCAAGAAAGAAUUGGGAGAAGAAGAAGUGAAACAAGAUGAAGAACAAGAGAAACCUAAGGAAGAGAAGGUUGCAAAGGAAGAACCAAUUGCACGCAGAGGUUCCUUUGGUUCAUACUCUAGCGCACCUAAAGAGGAGUUGGGUCAAGCAGGCCAACAACAGCAACAGGCUGCUCUUGAUUUGGACUUAUUUGAUCCUAACGAGGAAGAAGAUUCGGAUUGAUCAUUUAAAAGAAAUUUUGUGUAUUUUAAAUUAUUAGUAUAUCGUAUUAUAUAUUCUUCAAUGUCAUGACUUA